AUGGCUUUCCACCAGGUGACUGAGCAUCCAGAGAUCGACCAGGAAUGCCCCAGUUGUGGUCACAAUCGCUUGCAGUUCUGGACACGACAGCUGCGCUCCGCAGAUGAGGGCUUGAGCGUCUUCUUUCUUUGCAAGAAGUGCGGCUGGCGAACGGUAGAGAAGUGA